AAACGGUAUCGUAUUUGGCGUUCGGCACUCCUUGUCGGAGUUCCCUCACUCUCGCUUCGAAGCCCUCUUUGAUUUGCCUCGUUCGUCCACCGCGAAACAGAAAAUCACGUUAAAAGGGAGAAAAGAUGCCGUCAGAGGACGCGAAGACGGCGGCGACGGCGACCCAGUCGGUGAAGGACGAGGACGAGGACGGGAUGAGCUUGGGCUCCAUCCUCAAGGACAGGAAGAACAAAGCCCUCAAUGCCUCUCUCGCCUCUUCUUCCAAGCCUCGCCCCAAGGAAGUGAAGGUGCAGAAGGAGGAGGCCGGUGGCUCCAACGACGGGUCCGACAAGAAGAAGCCCCUGAAAUCCGGUUCGGUCUCGGCCUCGGGUCCUGGGUCUAGGGUGGUUAAGGUGAAGAAGGCAGAGAAGGUGGAGGAAGACGACGAUGAUGACAAGCCCAUUUCGAGGAAGUUGGCCAGUGUCAAGCUUGAUAAGGAAGUGAAUGUGAAGAAGAAAGUCAAGCAAGAGAAUAUUAAGACAGUUAAAGUUGAAUUAAAGCGGAAGAAAAGCACGGGUGGAUCGAAGCAGGAAACUCCGAAGAAGAGGGAGAAGAAGGUUUACGAUUUGCCUGGCCAGAAGCGCGAUCCUCCUGAAGAAAGAGACCCCUUGAGGAUUUUCUAUGAGUCGCUGCACAAGCAAAUACCCCGCAGUGAGAUGGCGCAAUUCUGGAUGAUGGAGUCUGGGUUGCUACCCAGAGAAGAGGCAAAGAAGGCUUUUGAUAAGAAACAGAGAAAGAGCCAAGCUCAAAAACUCAGUUCCCCAGCAAAAUCUGCUGUAUCAGUUCAGAGAAGCUCUCAAACCAUGUCCAUCAAGAAGAAAGAUCUGUCCUCUUCGUUGUCUUCCAAAAAGAAGACGGCGGAUGUCAAAGUAUUGUCGAAGCAGCCCAAGAGGCGCAAGGAUGAAGACAGAAGCAGUGGCAACGAUUCAGAUGACGACUUUGUUAUUUCUAGGACAAAGAAACCGAGAACGGCGAAUUAGUUCUUUCGGUCUUAGCUGCUUUUAUCAUCUUUUAUUAUGGAGCUUGAUCUGACAUUACCUUAUUGAUUCCGUGGAUACUUCGGACAGAUCUAGCUCUUCAGUGUUUUUUCUUUCAUUGGGAAGUUUCUCGAUAGUUUUUAGUUCACAGAUCUCCAUUUGCAUUGAAGGAUAUUGGUUUCCGACAAAA